UGAUUUUAAUGUUAUUCAAAUAAGACAACUGUUUUGGGGCGGCAUGGAAAAUAUAUAUACUUGCGAGAAUUCAUUUGCUUUCUUCCAUCAACCAAAUGAUCAUCAUGAAGGAAACACCUCAUGUAGCUCUAAUGCCAUCCCCUGGAAUGGGUCAUAUAAUUCCAAUGGUUGAGUUAGCCAAGAAACUCAUCCAACAAAACAACCUCAAACUUACCCUAAUCAUCCCGGGUUCCGGGCUAAAUCCAAAUGAAGAAAAACCAUUCAUAGAAUCACUCCCAAAUGAAAUAAAUCUUGUCCUUCUUCCCAAUACUAAUUCCGACACUUCCAUCAAUACCGAACCAGUUCUUAGCAUCUUCAAAACUGUUGAACGAUCUCUACCGUCCCUCCGGAACCUCAUCAAGUCACUCGUCGCCACCACGAAUCUUGUCGCGCUGAUCGUUGACUUUUUCGGGACGACUGCAUUCGACAUAGCCGAUGAAUUCAACAUCUCCCAGUACAUGUUCUUCGCUUCAAAUGCAAUGUUACUUUCACUAUACCUCCAUCUACCGGAGCUUGAUUCGACCGUUCCCGGAAAGUAUCAGGACCUCCCGAGACCGGUCCAGCUUCGGGGAUGCAUACCACUACGCGGCGAGGAUCUUCCCACAUCAUUCCAAAACCGCGAAUCGGGUACGUACAAAUGUUUCGUUGAGCAAUCCAAGAGGUAUAGAAUGGCUUCGGGAAUUUUGGUCAACACAUUCAGCGACAUCGAGGGUGGGACCAUAAAAGCGUUGGAAAAGGGCAAAAACGUCCCCACAGUCUACCCCGUGGGGCCUAUGGUGCGACAAAGCACUGGUCAAACUGAAGAAAUGAAGACGGCGAAAUCAUUCAAAUGGUUGGAUGAUCAGCCUGAGGGAUCUGUUUUAUUCGUUUGUUUCGGAAGUAUGGGAUUAUUGUCGAAAUCCCAAAUCAAUGAACUGGCUUUUGGAUUAGAGCUGAGUGGGAAAAGGUUUGUUUGGGUAAUCCGAGGUGGCGGUCUGGAUUCCUUGCCGGAAGGUUUUGCGGAAAGAACUAAGGAUCGCGGUUUUUUGGAGUUUGAUUGGGCACCACAAGCGGAGAUUCUUAAGCAUAAGUCAACCGGCGGGUUCGUGACCCAUUGCGGGUGGAAUUCGGUCCAAGAGAGCAUUCUCAGCAGCGUACCAAUGAUUGCUUGGCCGUUAUAUGCUGAACAGAGGAUGAAUGCUGCCUUGUUGUCGGAGCACCUGAAGAUUGCCGUACGGCCGGGAGUUCGCAGCGCCGGUGGAUUGGUCGGGCGGAUCGAGAUUGCGAAUUGUGUGAAUAAUGUGAUGGAAGGUGAACAAGGGAAGAAGCUCCGGGAAAGAACUAGAGCUUUGAAGGUUGCAGGUGAAAAGGCGGUAGCCGUCGGUGGCCACUCCGACAAAUCUCUGGCUGAAUUCGUAAAAAUCUUGAAACUCAAGUAAAAGUUUUGUGUCUUUGUUUUUUUUCAUCUUUGUACAGUAAAUGCAUGAUGGCAUUGAAAUUGUGAAACCAUGUGAUUCGGUUUAUGAAUUUCAGAUUGGUGUAUUGGGUUCAUGCAAGUAAAUAAAUUUUACUCAUUUCGUACCGAAGAUAUGCGCGAUGGAUUAUGGAUACAAGAAGUCAAAGCAUGAUUUUACUAAUCUUUUCAUAAACAUGCACAUUGUUCAUCAGAUUGGUGG